GGUGCGUAGUGCGGUGUUUACUUAGCUGUACAAUUUUCAGUUUGAAUUCGUUAACAGCCGCUAACGGUUUGCCACCAAAAACAGGUCUCCCAAGAUCCUUUUCGGAAAAUCCUUUUCGAGCAGAAAUCUUUCAAAAAUGACCAAAGUGUCGCAAAGUGCUGGCAACAGCAGCAGCAACAACAAUGGCAACAGCACAGACAUCUACAACAUCGUCCUCCUGGUCGUGGACAUUGUAAUGCUGAUCGUCAAAUUCUGGAUUGCCAUUGUCGAGGCUAUAGUCAACCUGUUCAGGCCUGCUCCCCUGGAGAAUGUCGGCGGCAAGGUGGUCCUAAUCACCGGCACUGGCCAUGGCAUGGGCAAGCAUAUGGCCCAGCAGUACGCCAAGCUGGGGGCCACCGUCAUCUGCUGGGAUGUGAAUGAGCAGACCAACAACCAGACGGUGAAGGAGAUCCAGAAGAGCGGCGGCAAGGCUUACGGCUAUACCUGCAAUGUGACCAAGCGGGAGGAACUCGUAGAGCUGGCCCAGAAGGUGCGCAAGGAGCAUGGAUUCGUUCAUGUGGUGGUCAACAAUGCCGGCAUUAUGCCCUGCCAUCCCCUGCUGGAGCAUACCGAGAACGAGAUUCGUCUGAUGUAUGACAUCAAUGUGCUGUCGCAUUUCUGGAUGAUCCAGUCCUUCUUGCCCGACAUGGUGGAGCGCAACGAGGGCAGCAUUGUGGCUUUGUCCUCGUGCGCUGGACUCUUUGGACUAAUCAACCUGGUGCCCUAUUGCGGCACCAAGUUUGCCGUUCGCGGCUACAUGGCUGCCCUGGCCGAGGAGCUGCGUCACAAGAAUCCACAAAAUAAUGUCAAGCUGACCACCAUCUUCCCCUACAUGAUUGACACGGGUCUGUGCAAGAACCCCCGCUACCGCUUCCCCAAACUGUUCAAACUGAUCUCUGCCGAUACGGCCGCCGCCUCCAUUAUCGAGGCCCAGCGCCAGGGCCUGGAGGAGGCCGCCAUUCCCCGUCAUUUUGUGGGUGUGGAAAAGAUCGGCCGCCUGAUCCCACGCAAGGCGAUGCGUCUGGUGAACGACUUUCUAGACACGGGCGUCGACACCGACAAGCUCUAGAGAGGAGCACUGAGGAUUCCUGGGUUUUAGUGCUGCUUCCGCUGUAGGUCAUAAAGCUUUAACAUUGUUUUUUUUUUAUAAUAACUACAAGAACAACAACAACGACUACUACUACUACUACUACUUUUGUGUAAUUAUUAUCUCCUUUUAAUUGCUGCAGCUAAUUGCCGUAUGGAAAGUGAGUUUAGCAAGGUAAUUUAGCUGUUAAAAAGGUUGUUACUUAAUUAAAGGCGAGCGUUGACGGGCUAAUUGUUUAUAUUUUUUGUUUUUUUUUUUUCGUCUUAAUAAAAGACUCCAAAGAGUACUCCCUAGAGUGAUAAAA